AUGGGGCAAGUUUUGGAGAGAACACCAUCGCUUAUUGAAGAGGCAUGGAAACGAUUAACAUUACGCAAGUCAGUGGAUGAUAUGCAAAUUGAAAUCAAUGAAAAUCCGCUUAAUCGACCACUGAAUUUUUUUCAUUUGAACACACUGGGAUUAGGAGCAAUUAUUGGUGCUGGUAUAUUUAUCUUAAGUGGUAAUGUAGCUGCAAAUUUUGCUGGACCAUCGGUGAUUAUUUCAUUUUUAAUUGGUUCGCUUGUAGCUUUUCUCGCAGCUUUAUCGUAUGCUGAAAUGGCAUCGAUGGUACCUAUAGCUGGAUCAUCCUAUAGUUAUAUUUACACAACAAUGGGUGAAUUUUGUGCCUGGUUAAUCGGCUGGAAUCUGUGUUUGGAAUACACAUGUGCUGUUGCUGCCGUCAGUGUUGGUUGGUCAACUUAUGUAGCAUCUUUUAUUGAAUUCAUUGGUAAUACCAGUGCUGAAUAUCGAAUUCUAAGUGCACCAAUCGCUUGGAAUAAUACAUCAGAAAAUUUUUAUUUGACUGGAGCAUAUUUUAAUUUACCAGCAAUUCUUAUUGUGGUAGCGUUAGCAGCUUUACUAGUGUAUAAUAUUGAUGUAUCAGCCACAUUUAAUAGUAUUAUUGUUGUGGCGAAGAUUAUUAUAAUACUAAUAUUUAUUUUCACGGCAAUCAAGUAUAUUGAUCCGAAAAAUUAUCUUCCAUUCAUUCCUAAAAAUCAGGGUGGAUAUAAGUACGGCGUUGAAGGGCUAUUUCAUGGCACGACUGUUGUAUUUUUUGCAUUCAUUGGUUUUGAUGUUAUAACAACAGCCGCACAGGAAACAAGUAGAAAAUCACAAAAUAAAUUACCAAUUAGCAUCGUGACGUCGUGGGGAAUAUCAACUUUACUCUAUAUUGGAUUUGUUUCGGUUUUGGUUGGUGUUGUUAAGUACGAUAAGCUGGCUGAUGAUCCAAUAGCAGUUGUUUGUCGAGCAAUGGGUUUAAGAUGGCUUGAAAUUAUGGUUGAUGUGGGAGUUAUUUGUGGUUUGACAUCAGUGAUAUUGGGUAAUUUAUUCGCACAGUCAAGAAUAUUGUAUACAAUGUCAAACGAUGGUUUACUCCCAAAAAUUUUUGGGCAUGUACGUCAUCCAAGACAAAACCAAAACCCGGCUCCAAUGCCGGGUCCGGGUGUACCAUUUGCUGCCCCAAUAUGUAUAGGUACCAUCUGUGCUGUACUCGCUGGUUUUCUUCCAAUUGAUUUUCUAGCUGAAAUGACAUCAAUUGGUACAUUAUUUGCCUUUUUGUUGGUUCACGUAGGAGUAUUUAUAAUGCAUUGGACACAUCGUGACAUCAAACGGUUUAAAAUCCCCAGUAAGACAUUGUUCAUACCCGUUAUUGGUGUAUUGACUUGUGGCCUAUUAAUGAACUCCAGUACAAAAUGGGCAAAAAUAAGAUUUGGCGUUUGGACAAUAGCUGGUUUAAUUAUUUAUUUUUCGUAUAGCAAAAGAAGAUCUAAAAUGUGGAAUACACAAGAAAAAAGGGGUCGGGUAGUGGAACCAAUGGAUAAUACAAAUGCCUUACAUGAGCUUGUAAUAGAUUGGAGAGGAAUACCAAAACAACCUUUUGAAGCCGUCUCUAUUGUAGUUGAUAUGAACUUCUUGCAUGCGACAAUAACAACAGCAGUUGAAUGA